CGAGUAUCGAUAGAAGAAGAGUAGGAACAAAACAAGCUUGAGCAUCCAUCUUCUUUAACAGUAUCACGACCAUUUUCGGAGAAGUAAACACCAAUCUCUGACUUUCGACUGAGCUCCAACACCAAGUCACCAUGGGAUCUGUGCUCGGUCUGUGCUCAAUGGCCAGCUGGAUCCCUUGCCUGUGUGGCAGUGCCCCCUGUCUGCUGUGUAGCUGCUGUCCCAAUGGAAACAACUCCACUGUGACUCGCCUCAUCUACGCCUUCUUUCUCUUGCUGGGGGUAGGAGUGGCGUGCAUAAUGCUCAUGCCAGGCAUGGAGAGUCACCUGAAGAAGAUUCCUGGUUUCUGUGAAGGGGGUGCAGGCACCUCUGUGGUGGAGGGCCACGUCAACUGCGAUGUUUUGGUGGGCUACAAGGCAGUGUACCGUGUGUGCUUUGGUAUGGCCAUGUUUUUCCUGCUGUUCUCACUGAUCAUGAUCAAAGUGAAGAGCAGCAAGGAUCCUCGCGCCGCUCUGCACAAUGGGUUCUGGUUCUUCAAGUUUGCAGCUGCAACUGCGAUUGUGGUUGGAUCCUUCUUCAUCGCUGAUGGCUCCUUUACAACAGUCUGGUUUUACGUGGGUAUGGCUGGAGCCUUCUGCUUCAUUCUCAUUCAGCUGGUUUUACUCAUCGACUUUGCACACUCCUGGAACGAGUCUUGGGUGGACAACAUGGAGGAGGGAAACUCUCGCUGCUGGUACGCAGCACUGCUGUCCGUCACUGCCGUCAACUACCUGCUGUCUCUGCUUGCACUGGUCUUGUUCUUCAUUUAUUACACUCGCCCAGACAACUGCACUGAAAACAAGGUCUUCAUCAGCAUCAACAUGCUGCUCUGCAUUGCUGCCUCCGUCAUGUCUGUGCUUCCUCAAAUUCAGGAGUCCCAGCCACGUUCCGGCCUGCUCCAGUCAUCCCUGGUGACGCUCUACACCAUGUACUUGACCUGGUCUGCCAUGACAAAUGAGCCUGACAGGCAGUGUAACCCGAGCCUUCUGGGUAUCAUUGGUAUGAACACGACAAGUCAUGCCACUCAGGAGACAGUGGUUCAGUGGUGGGAUGCUCAGGGCCUUAUUGGAUUAGCCCUCUUCCUGAUGUGCGUCCUCUACUCCAGUAUCCGUAACUCGUCCAAUACACAAGUUAACAAGCUGACACUUACCAGUGACGAGUCAGCUCUGAUUGAAGAUGGACCUCAACCUGACAGCAUUGAAGAGGGUAGCAGUUUAAGCCGAGUGGUGGACAACGAGAAGGAUGGUGUCACCUACUCCUACUCCUUCUUUCACUUCAUGCUCUUUCUGGCUUCGCUUUACAUCAUGAUGACACUGACCAACUGGUACAGCCCGGACUCUAACUAUGAGGUAAUGACCAGUAAGUGGCCAUCUGUGUGGGUGAAGAUCUCAUCAAGCUGGAUCUGCAUCGCCCUCUAUGUGUGGACCCUGGUGGCCCCGUUGGUUCUGGUCAACCGAGACUUCGACUGAGUGCGCCAGCUUUUGGCUACACCACUAAAUGUAUAGAGCUGCAUGCUUUUCCGUGUUUUCACAUUUACAGCAGAUGCAAAAGUGCUCUAGUGUCUGGAAGUUAAAGUACACUUGGUUUGUUGUGUUCACAUGUAGUUGUAACGCUCUACUGUGAUCCUGAUCUUUAUGUUCCUUAUUUGCUCUCAAUAUUUAAUGAGUGUUGUGGCUCAGUGGUUCUUGUAAAGUCUGCUUUGAGAUGUGACUUGUCUGUCCUUCACCCGCGGUCAUUUUAGAACUUGCUAAAAUAAAUCAAACCAGAAACCUA